AUGGCACGUACCAUUUGGUUCCAUGUUCCCAAUGCACCACCUGCGGAAGGAAUGAGUGAACAGGAGGCUGCGGCCAGGUCUUUAGUGGAGAAAAAGUCGGCUAUCAACCUUCUCGAGGCAUUUGCGGUGGCUAUCAAGCAUUAUUUGAGAGGAGAAGAUGGGAUUUACUAUCAGGAUUUGUACUACCUCGUCAAAUUCCUACCGGCAUACGCUUUGCCAGCUGGUUUACCAGCGUCCCCCACCGACAAGUCCGUAUUCAGCGAAGAUAUUUCUUUGCCAUCUCCCCAGACCCCAGCUCCCAACUCUUUCAGUAGCCCAAUAUCUGAGAAUGCGUAUCCAAAUGGCUUGACCGCAGCUAAUCCGGGGAGGCAACCUACGAUUACCAUUGCCCCUAUGCCAUCGGUUCUUCACCAACGCAAUACAAACACUGCUACGUCCCCGACUUCUCUACCGCCUCCUGUGUCAAUUGGUCCUGCUGGGAAGAGGUCUUCAUACUACAGCGGCGGUGUGACAUCCCCGGUGUCGACCUAUCUCCAGAAAGAGAAGGAGCGAAUAAUUUUGUCACAGCACGAUGAAAGCUACCUGAUGCCCGCACAUAUGCCUCCUAAAUACAGCGUCUUCGAUAUUUUCCCAUUCUCCCUUCUUGUAAAAUGGCUUACAGAGAAAGGCAAGGACGUUAAAGGGAAGAAAGGUGCCCGGAUUCGAGCAAAACUACGCAACGAAGCUAUAUCGCACAACUUGCCUCUAGAACUGUCGCUAUAUUUGAGCUCUUAUAUUGCCUCACUUCAAAACCGUAAAAUAUGUGACGUCCCAACUACCAACACCCUGUUAUUUUCCUUGAAUCAACUGGUGGAUAGUCUCACUGGAUUGGAGCGUAUUCUGACCACGCCAAUCCCAUUCUCUUACUCCAUACAUCUUUGGGUUGUCACUUUGCUAUACUGCCUUGCUUUAAUUUGGUCCACACUGAAAUGGAUCACAAUCCCUGGCACUACCGUCAUUAGCUUCAUAUUUUUCGGCUUUCUUGUCGCUGGUGAAGAAAUUGAAAACCCUUUCGGAUACGAUAAAAAUGACCUGAACCUCGACCAUUUCACACAUAAUAUCAUUCGAAACGAACUGAGAGCAGUGACUUCGACUCCACCUCCCGAUCCUACAAGAUGGGCAUUUGUCCCAGAAAAUAACCUUCUUUUCUCCAAUAACACGGAUGAACGUGUCUCUCCUGACGAAUGGAUCUCCCGCGGCCCUAAUGCCAUGCAAAGGAACCUCAGUCAUUUUUAG